AACAAAUUAAAAAUGGGAUUUUUGAAGACUAAAGGAGAGAUUUACAAAGCUGUUGAAGAUGUUGAUGUUGGUCCCAAUAGUAAUCAAUUUUAUCUCACAGCCAACGUCAAAGCCCCUAGGAUGGCCGGGUUUCUUGUUAAAGUGUUUGCAUGGUUGUUGGAAACGCCCAUCUUUGGAUCCAUUAUGCUCUAUUUUCUCAAGAGAAAUAACUUAAUUCACAAGCUUGUUACAUUUGCUGAGUUGCAAGAGUCACCUCUAUAUGUUCCACUUCACUAUUAUGAAGGUGGAAAAGAAGAAGAAAAUCAAAGUGGAGCGUCUCCAAGGGAGCAAGUUAGGCAGGCAUUGGGAUGUAUGGUAGCUCCAAAGCCUCUAUACAGCUUCAGUAGGUGGACCAUAUUGGAUUAUUCAACUGCUUAUAAUUCUAAGCUUAUUACACCCACCAAGGUGAUGGAAAGGUUUUUAUCAGCCGUUGAGCACUCAUCUACUCCUUCAAUGCAAAUGUCAUUUUUUAUUAACUUUGACGCUCACGAUAUCUUGAGACAAGCUGCUCAAUCAACUCAUCGAUACCAACAAGGUGAAGCAUUAUCGGUAUUGGAUGGAGUUCCAAUUGGCAUAAAAGAUGAAAUUGAUUGUAUGCCUUAUCCCACCACAGGAGGCACAAAAUGGAUGCAUAAGGUAAGAAAAUGCAAGGAUGAUGCAGAGUGUGUGAAACGUUUGAGAUCAUGUGGUGCCAUAUUGGUGGGGAAAACAAACAUGCAUGAGCUUGGUGCUGGAACUAGUGGUAUAAAUCCUCAUCAUGGAACUACUAGAAAUCCCUACAAUAUUGGAAGGAUUGCCGGCGGUUCUUCUAGUGGUUCUGCUGCUGUUGUGGCGGCAGGAUUAUGCCCUGCUGCCCUUGGAGUCGAUGGAGGAGGUUCUGUAAGAAUGCCUGCUGCUCUUUGUGGAGUUGUUGGUUUUAAGCCAAGCUUUGGACGUGUAUCACACUCAGGUGUUCUUCCUCUGAAUUGGACAGUUGGAAUGGUAGGGAUACUUGCCGGUACAGUUGAAGAUGCACUUCUAGUUUAUGCAGCUAUCAGUGGCCCCAAUUCAUCACAUCAUUCUCAAACCGCUCUCCCAACACUAUGUUUCCCUAUGCUCAAGUCACCAAAGCCUAUACCUAAUAUCAGAUUAGCCAAAUAUGGAGAGUGGUUUAAUGACUGCAAUGAGGAAAUAAGAGUUUGUUGUUCUCGAGCUUUAGAAAAAUUGCACGACAACUAUGGCUGGGAGACCAUAGAAGUUACAAUCCCAGAGAUAGAGGUAAUGCGGUUGGCACAUUAUGUGUCAAUUGGAUCUGAAUGCACUACUUCAAUUGGCCGUGAACUAGAAAAAUUGAAUAAAGAUGAAGUAGGAUGGGAUGCUAGAGUUGCACUUUCUGUAUAUGGUUCCUUUAGUAGCCAGGAGUAUUUGAAUGCUCAAAGAAUUAGAAAUCGGCAGCUGCAGUUUCACAAAAGAAUAUUUAGCAUGGCAGAUGUCAUUGUUACACCAACAACAGGGGUUACUGCUUACACCAUAGGGAACGACACUCGCCACACCGGGGAACUCGACUACAUAAAUGGAGCUGCACUAGUUCGAUACCAGAUAGCAGGAAAUUUUCUGGGAUUGCCUGCUAUUACUAUACCCGUUGGUUAUGAUAACUCUCAUUUGCCUAUUGGUCUUCAAUUUAUUGGAAAGCCAUGGGAUGAAUCCUUAUUGAUUCAUAUAGCUUUUUCCAUGCAAGCAUUAUGUAUUUCACAAUACAAAAAUCCAGAGGUUUUCUGGGAUCUGUUGGCCAACUAAUUGAAUUCUGUUAAUUUGAUUUGCAAGGCAUAAAGUUGGGAACUACUUCACUGA